UGUCCUCGAUGUCCCCAUGUCCCCACGCUGUCCCCGAUGUCCCCAUGUCCCCAUGUCCCCAUGUCCCCGUGCCCCCAGGUGGACGAGCUGUUCCUGGAGGAUUUCCACAGCCCGACGUCGGCGCUGUUCCGGGACUUCGACUACGAGCCGAUGGCGGCCGCCAGCCUGGCGCAGGUGCACAGGGCCACGCUGAGGGACGGGACGCCUGUGGCUGUCAAGGUGCAGCACAUCGACCUGCGGGAUCGCUUCGCGGGCGACAUGCGGACGCUGGAGCUGCUGCUGCGCAUCGUGGAGUUCAUGCACCCCAACUUCGGCUUCAGCUGGGUGCUGCAGGACCUCCGCGGGACGCUGGCUCAGGAGCUGGACUUUGAGCACGAGGGGAGGAACGCGGAGCGCUGCGCCCGGGACCUGAAGCACUUCGGCUUCGUCGUGGUGCCGCGGGUGCACUGGGAGCUCUGCAGCAAGCGCGUGCUCACGGCUGACUUCUGUGAUGGCUGCAAAAUCACCAACGUGGAGGGGAUCCGGCAGCAGGGGCUGCACCCACGUGAUGCUGCUGCUAAACUGAUCCGGGUUUUCGCGGAGCAAAUCUUCUACACGGGGUUCAUCCAUGCUGACCCGCAUCCAGGGAACGUGCUGGUUCGCCGCGGCCCCGAUGGCACCGCGCAGUUGGUGCUGUUGGACCACGGCCUCUACGAGACCCUGAGCGAGAGGGAUCGGCGCGCGCUGUGCCAGCUGUGGCGCGCUGUGGUGCUGCGGGAUGACAACGCCAUGAGGAGCCAUUCGGCCGCGCUGGGUGUCAAAGAUUACUUCCUGUUCUGCGAGAUCCUGAUGCAGCGCCCCCUGCAGGGGGGUCAGCUGUCCCUGGGCAACAUCCUGACGCGGGAGAUGGUGUACAUGUGGGGAAUAAUCCCACUUUUGACCCCAUAUUACUUCCUGUUCUGCGAGAUCCUGAUGCAGCGCCCCCUGCGGGGGGAACCCCCAAUAAAGGGAAUGUGGGGGGGGAGACCCCAACCCCAAAUAGAGGGAACGGAGCUGGGGGGGCACAGGAGGCCUCCCCCCGCCCCCCACCUCAUUUUCGUGUCGUGUGUCCGCUCCCCCCCCCUCAAUUUUUGUGUCCCCCCCCCCAACAGCGCAGUGAGGAGUUGGGGGCGCCUCCGUGGGGCUCGGACCCCCGGUUUGGGGGGGCUGCGGGCUGCGUGGGAGAGCCUCAAAUUCGAGGUGGCCCUCAGGUUGGAGGCUCUGAGCACGAAGCUGCUGGCGGCGGCGCUGCGGCUGCUGGCGCGAUGGGGGCGGCUGCCCCAUAGCGAGCGCAUCCAGGCCUAUCUGACAGCGUAGCCCCACAGCGGAGCCCCAUAGCGCCCCACAGCGCCCCAUAGUGCCCCAUAGAGCCCCAUAGCGCCCCACAG